AUCACUGCCCCGCUCUGCUCGCUCCAGCAACAUUUAUGACACGACUCAGUAGCAUUCCUUAGCUUCAAAACGCUCACUGGACUGCAUUACUGUGUCUGUGAAGAGGGGCCAGGAACCUUGCUGCAAAUUCCUCACUCUGGGUCCAGGAGGCGCUGAUUUGUUAGACUGCCGACUGCUUUCUCUACGACAGCUAUAAAGGCAGGAUUUUGGUACCAGCUGCGGCCAACAAGGCCGUCUGGAGUGGGACCGUCCAGCAGUGCCGAGAGGCGAGAGCGACCUCGCUUCGGGAAGACAAGUUGCUGCGGACUGCCAAUGGAUGUCUGAUUCCACUUGAAAUUGACAAGCACUUCAAACAGGUUCACCAGCUGCUGACCACGCUGCCCCAUGACCGGCCGGUGCUGCCAGCGCCCGCGUUAAAGCACGCGCAGCCGCACACGCGCUAGCGCCAGCAGCAGUCGCAGCGGCGGCCGCAGCCGCUGCCACAGCAGCAGCAGCAGCAGCAGCUGCAGAAGCUGUAGCAUAGCAGCGCCCGACCAUGUCGCGUGGUCGGCGGCGCGGCGGCGACGACGAUGACGACUGGGAGGAGCCGGAGGCGGAUGACGUUAUGUCGGAUGAAGAUGAUGACUUUGACCCGAAUGCGGAGGAGGAGGAGGAGGACGACGGGGCGGGGGUGAUGCCCGGGAUGGGGCACGUGCACGUGGUGGCCACGCCGGGCCACGCGCCGCCGCCCGAGUAUGAGGAGUAUGAGGAAGAGCCGCCGGAUAGCGACACCUCGGACGACGAGAACGAUGAGGACUUUGACGGCGGCAAGCGCCGCAGCGGCGCUAAGAAGCCCCGCGGCGGCAGCGGCCGCGGGCCGGGCCGGCCGCCGGGCAGCGGCAAGCGCAAAGACGACGACGGUGAGGGCGGCGGCCGCGGGCGCGGGCGCGGCCGCGGGCGCGGCCGCGGGCGCUGGGGCGGGCGCGGCGCCGCCACGCCGGCGCUGCCGGGAGGCUCUGGCACGGGGCCGUCGAAUGAGCGUUACCGGCGGAUCGCGCGCGACAUGGCGCGGCGGGCGGGGCUGGCGAUCGACGCGCCGGCGCCGCCCACGCCGCCGCCAGAGGUGCUGCAGCAGCAGCAGCAGGCGGAGCAGAAACGGGUGAAGCAGGAGGUUGAGGACCUUACUGGCGAGGGUGGUGAGGGAGGCACGCCGCCGCUGGCGCCCAAGCCGCCGCGGCCGGACCCCAACUGCCCGUAUGAGCGCACCUAUGAGGAGUUCGUGCUGGCUGAGGCGAAGGAGCUGCGGGCGCGCAACGGCGCGGGCAACGCCGCGCCGUACGCGCCGCCGCGCAACAAGACGCACUGGGACCACGUUCUCGAGGAGAUGGAGUGGUUGGCAAAGGAGUUCAUCAAGGAGCGCGGCUGGAAGCAGAAGCAGGCCAAGCGCUGGUCGGCGCACGCCAUAAAGUCAAACCUGUCCCUGGAGAACCGGCACGCGCACCGGCUGCAGCAGGAGGAGGCGGCGGCGAGGAAGACCGCCAAGAACGUGGCGGCGCAGGUUGCGCUGUUUUGGACCAAGGCGCGGCGGGUGGUGGCGACCAAGGUGGCGCUGCAGGUGGAGGCUCGCAAGAAGGCGGUGAUGGACCGGCACUUGGAUCUCAUCGUGGGCCAGACAGAGAAGUUCAGCAAGAUGCUCGCAGCCAACCUCAACGCCGCGGCGGCAGAGGACUCGGACGAGGAGGAGGAGCGGCGCCGUAUGCGCGGCCACGGCCGCGGGUCGUCAGAGCCCGCGGAGGAGGAGGAGGAGCAGGAGGAGGAGCAGGAGGAGGGCGGCGAGGAGGAGGAGGGUGGGGAGGAGGAGGACACGAAGCCCCGGCUCAAGCCCGAGCUUGUGGACACCAAGCGCGAGCCGGGUGAGGGCGAGGAGCCGGAGGACGAGGCGGCGGCGGCGCGGCGGCAGCAGAUGCGCAAGCGCAAGUCGGUGACCUUUGCGCCGGGGCCGGCGCACGACCAGGAGGAGGAGGAGGGCGGCGCUGGUGAGGAUGAGGCGCAGGGCACAGGCGCCGGGCCCUCGGGCAGUGGCGCCGGCACCAGCCACGUCCAAAUCAAGCAGGAGCCCGGCCUGCCGGAGGCGGAGCAGGAGCAGCAGGACGCGGUGGGCGGUGAGGAGGACGAGGGCGGGGAGGAGGCGGAGGCGAGGGAGCCGCGGCCGAAGCGGCAGCGCACCGCGGCGGCGGCCGCGGACGGCGGCGGCGCCGCAGUGCACACGGCGGCUGACGGCGCGGCGGCGGUGAAGGCCGAGCCCGAGGCGGGCAUGGACUUGGAGGCCCUCGCGUCAGAGGAGGAGGAGGAGGCUGAGGAGCAGGAGGAGGCGGGUCGGGCUGAGGAGGCGGCGGGAGCCGCCGCCGGCGGCUCGGCGGCUGGCGGCUCGGCGGCUGCAGCCAAGGCGAAGGUCGCGGGGGAGGACGAGGAUGAGGAGUAUGACCGCGAGGCGGACGAUUCGGCGGACGACGAGACCACGCUGGACGCGGAGCAGGCGCUGGCUGACGCGGAGGCGGGCGAGGGCGAGGAGCCGCCGGCGCCGGAGGAGGAGCUGGCGGACCUGGGUGCGGAGGUGGAUGUGCCGCUGGAGGAGCUGCUGGCAAAGUACUACAGCGGGCCCAGGCACCACACCUUCGUGGUCAAGGAGGCGGUGGACGCGUCGGAGCUGCCCGGCGUGGCUGCGGCAGGCGUCAAGCUGCCGACGUCGGGCGGACCUGCCGGCGCCGCUGGCGGCGCAGCCGGCCCUAGCAGCAGCGGCGGCGGCGGCGGCGCGGCAGCCGGUCCGCCUGCACCGGCACCUGCACCGGCACCCGCGCCGGCGGUCACAGCCCUGCAGUCAGCAGCGGCCGUGGCGCCCGCGGCGGUGCCUGACGCGGCGGCAGCUGCUGGUCCCUCUGGAUCCAAUGCCGGGCCGCCCACUUCGACCGCCGCCGCGGCCGGCGGCGCAGGCCCGUCCUCCGCAGGCGCGGGCCCGUCGUCCGCCGGUGCCGGCCCGUCGUCGGCAGGCGCGGGCCCGUCGUCGGCAGGCGCUGGCGAUGGCGUUGGUGCCGCUGCGGAAGAUGAGGAGGGCGAGGAGGAGGGCGACGAGGAGGGCGGCGAGGCGGAGGAGGCGGAGGAGGAGGAGGACGGCAAGGAGGAGGUGGAGGGCCAGGAGAAGGAGUACGAGUACAAUGAGGCGGAGGACGUGGACGACGAGACCACUCUGGACGCGGAGCAGGCGCUGGCUGAAGCUGAGGCGGGCGAGGGCGAGGAGCCGCCGGCGCCGGAGGAGGAGCUGGCGGACCUGGGUGCGGAGGUGGACGUGCCGCUGGAGGAGCUGCUGGCAAAGUACUACAGCGGGCCCAGGCACCACACCUUCGUGGUCAAGGAGACGGACACCGCCGCCCUGCCAGGAGCCGCCGCCGCCGCUGGCAGCGGCAAGGCCGCCGGCGGGCGGCGGGAGCGCCGCCCGCGCGGCGAGCCUGCUGGCGGCGCUGGCGGCGAGGGCGCGGCGGGCGUGGAGGGCGGCGCCGCGGGUGUGGAGAAGGAGGCGGCGCCGCGUGUGAAGGAGGAGCCCAUGGAGAUCGACACGCCGGCUGCUGCUGCUGCUGCUGCUGCUGCUACAGCCGACGGUGCCGCUGCUACAGCCGGCGGCGCGGCCGAGACUGAGGAGGAGGCGGAGCGCCGCCGCGCUGAGGCAGUAGCCGCCGCCACCGCCCGAGCCGAGGCGGCGCGACGCGCCGCCGAGGCGGAGGAGGAGGCGGAGGAGAAGCGCGCCGGCGCCGGUGCAGCCGCCGCCGCCAAGCGCGCCGGCGGCGCCGGCAAGGCCGCCGCCGCCGACGGCGACCAGUCCGCGCUGGCGGCGGUGGCGUCGGACGCGGCGGCGGCUCAGCCCACCGGCACCACGCUGUCCACCACCAAGGUGCUCACGCCGGUGCCGUUCCUGCUCAAGUUCCCGCUGCGCGAGUACCAGCACAUCGGGCUGGACUGGCUGGUGACGCUGUACCACAAGAAGAUCAACGGCAUCCUAGCUGACGAGAUGGGGCUGGGCAAGACCAUCCAGACCAUCUCGCUGCUGGCGUACCUGGCCUGCGAGCAGGGCAGCUGGGGCCCGCACCUGAUCGUGGUGCCCACCAGCGUCAUGCUGAACUGGGAGAUGGAGAUCAAGAAGUGGUGCCCCGCCUUCCGCCUGCUCACCUACUACGGUAGCGCCAAGGAGCGCAAGGCCAAGCGCCAGGGCUGGUCCAAGCCCAACGACGCCAAGAUGUUCCGGCGUAAGAAGUGGAAGUACCUGAUCCUGGAUGAGGCGCACAUGAUCAAGAACUGGAAGAGCCAGCGCUGGCAGACGCUGCUGCGAUUCAACGCCAAGCGCCGACUGCUCAUCACGGGCACGCCGCUCCAGAACGACCUGAUGGAGCUGUGGUCGCUCAUGCACUUCCUCAUGCCCGGCCUGUUCGCCAGCCACGACCAGUUCCGAGACUGGUUCUGCAACCCGCUCACCGGCAUGGUGGAGGGCAGCGAGGCAUACAACAAGCAACUUGUGGAGCGGCUGCACGGCGUGCUGCGCCCCUUCCUGCUGCGGCGGCUCAAGUCCGAGGUGGAGCGACAGAUGCCGGCCAAGCACGAGCACGUGGUGUACUGCAGGCUGUCCAAGCGGCAGCGCAAGCUGUACGAGGAGUACAUGAGCAGCGCCGAGACGCGGCAGCGGCUGCAGACCGGCGGCUUCCUGGGCAUGCUCAACUGCCUCAUGUCGCUGCGCAAGGUGUGCAACCACCCGGACUUGUUCGAGGGCCGCCCCAUCGUGUCCUCCUACGACCUGGUACCGGGGCUCAGCCUGCAGGUACCCUCCGCCAUCAUGAACCCGCUCUACACCUGGCCCGCCCCCGCCAAGCUCUCGCCCGCCCAAAUCGAGGCCAUCGCCGCCGCCGCCGCGGCCGGCGGCGGCGCGCCCGCGCCCUCGCCCGACUUCCAGGGGCCCUUGGAGCGGCGGCACCCCGCCUUCCGACCCGCGGGUCACGUGGGCGCCUGCGGCAGUGCCAGCGUGUCGGGCCGGCCGUUGGAGGUGCUGGCGGGGGCGGGGCUGCUGCUGACGGCGUGGGAGGGGCUGGCCACGUGGGAGGCGGAGGACGCCAUGGCGCUCAUGGUUCCGUACGAGGCAAUGGCGCGCGAGUGCGGCGUGCCCGAGUGGGCGGCCACCAAGGGCGAUGCCGAUGUGCUGAUGCGCGCGGCGGCGGCGGCACGUGCCGCAGCCAACGCCGAGGUGGGCGGCGCCGCCGCCGCCGCCGCCAGCGCCGCCGCCGGCGCGGCGGGGGCGCCGCUGGCGCUGACGCCGGGGGCGCAGAACCACCUGGGGCGGCAGUACGGCUCGCUGCUCCACGACCCCGCCUACGCCGCCCUGGCCGAGUCACUGGCCGAGCAGCAGCGCCGCGCCGCCGCCUGGCGCUCCAGCCGCCUGCGACUGGCGGCGGCGCUGUCGGCGCAGCGCGCCGCCGCCGCCACCCCGCUGUACGGCAGAAACCUGAUCGCGCUGCUGGCGGUGGCGCACGCCAACUGUACGGCACUGCGGCGCGGCGCCGCCGUCGUGACCGACUACAACUGGGCGGACGUGCAGCACGUGGCGGCGGCGGCGGCGCAAGCCGCCGCCGCCGCCGCCGCCACCGCCGCCACCGUCGCCGCCUCCGGCGGCGCGCUCGACGGUGCUGGUGGCGGCGGUAGCAGCGGCGUUGGUGUUGACGUGGCAAUGGGGGAGGCGGCGGCGCAGGUGUCGCCGGCGGCGCUGCCAGCGCUUGUGCCUGUGGGCCGGUCUUGCUACCCCAUGCGCCCCUCCAUCCUGGAGGAGGUGGCGGCGAGCUACGAGCAGCGCGCCGCCGCCAUCGACCCCGUGCUGCGCGAGUUCAUGUUCGUGAUCCCGCGCGCGCGCGCGCCGCCGCCCGAGGUGUGGUGCAGCCGGCCCGACGCGGACGAGCUUCGUGCUGUGGCGCGGCGGCGGCAGGCGGCGCUGGGGGCGUGGUGUACGGCGGGCGGGCCGCUGCGGCUGGCGUUUGUACGGCAGCAGCUGUUCUUCCCCGACAAGCGGCUCAUCCAGUACGACUGCGGCAAGCUGCAGGAGCUGGCGCUGCUGCUGCGUAAGCUCAAGGCGGGCGGGCACCGCGCACUCAUCUUCACGCAGAUGUCCAAGAUGCUUGACGUGCUGGAGGUGUUCCUCAACCUGCACGGUCACACCUACAUGCGCCUGGACGGAGCCACCAAACCCGAGCAGCGACAGAUCCUCAUGCAGCGAUUCAACACAGACCCCAAGAUAUUCGUCUUCAUCCUGUCCACGCGCUCCGGCGGCGUUGGCAUCAACCUGACGGGCGCGGACACAGUCAUCUUCUACGACAGCGACUGGAACCCCGCCAUGGACGCGCAGGCGCAGGACCGCUGCCACCGCAUCGGGCAGACGCGGGAGGUGCACAUCUACCGCCUUGUGUCCACCAACACCAUUGAGGAGAACAUCCUGCGCAAGUCCGACCAGAAGCGCCAGCUGGACUACUUGGCCAUCCAGUCGGGCGGGUUCACCACAGACAUGCUGGCGCAGCUAAACAUCGCAGCACUCAUGGGCGGCGGCGGCGCGGCGGGCGGCGCGGGGGCCGGCGGCGGCGGUGGCGGCGUGGGCCCCAGCGCGGAGGACCUCAAGGCGGCUCUUCGGCGUGUGGAGGACGUGGAUGAUGCGGUGGCGGCGGCGGAGGCGGAGAAGGAGGCGGACGAGGAACUGGACGAGUUCCGGAAGGAGCCGCCGCCGGGGGCCGCGGGGGGCGAGGCGGGCGGAGAGGGCGACGACGACGACAAGGACGAGGAGGGCGGCACGCAGGGCGGCAAGGACGCCGACGACGACGGCAAGCAGGGCGCCAGCUCCUCCCUGCUAGCCGACAUCGACGCCGACAUGCUCAAGGCGCUGGCGGGCGGCGGCGGCGGCGGCGGCGGCGCGGAGGGCGGCGCCACCGGUGACGACCUGGAGGGCCUCAUUGGCGGCGCCGGCGGCGGCGCGGGCGGGCCCGCCAGCGCCACCGACAUCCUGCAGCGGCUGCAGACCGGGCUGCGGCCCAUUGAGCAGUACGCGGUCCGGCUGCUGGAGGACCUGAACCCGGUGGACAUCGAGGGCGAGGCGGGUCGCGCCAUCGCCGAGCUCAAAGACGAGGACUGGGAGUUGGACGCCAUGCAGCGGCGGCAGGAGGAGGCGGACGAGGAGGCGGCGUCCGCCUCGGACGAGGACAAGCUGGUGGAGGACUGGGACCGUGAAGCCGCCACUGAGGCCUACCAGGAGUACGCGGUGCUUGUGGAGGAGCACCUGCGCGAGCGCGAGGCGGCGGAGGCCGCGGCGGCGGCGGCGGCGGAGGCCGAGCACGCCCGACUGGUGGCGCUGGCGGCGGAGAAUGGCGGCGUGCUGACGGCGGCGGACGUGGCGGCGGCGGCGGCCAUGGGCCUGGCUCUGCCGCCGGGGGUGGUGGUCAUGGGCGCGGACGGACAGCCGAUGCCGGUGGAGGUGGCGGGCGGGCGAGGUCGCGGCCGGGGCCGGGGUCGGGGUCGCGGCCGCGGCCGCGGUCGUGGAGGCGACGGCACCGAUGGCGCGGCAGCACCCGGCUCCGAGGCCGGCGGCGCCGCCGCAGGCGGCUCCGGCCGCGGCGGCGGCGGCCGCGGCGGGCGGCGGCGUGCCUCGGUUCCCAAGGGUGGCUACGCCGAGUCCAGCGGCGAGGAGGAGGCAGACUUUUACGGCGACGACAGUGACGAAGACGGCGCGGGCAUCACAAUCGCGCAGACGGCGACCAAACGCACCACCCGCGGCGCCGCCGCGGGCGGCGUGGCCGGCACGCCGCCGCCAGGCGGCGGCGGCGGCGGCGCCGCCAACGGCAUCGGCGGCGGCGUGCCCGGCGGCAGCACGAGCUGGAUGGCACUGGCGGUGACGGAUGCGAACUCGCCGGCGGCGGCGGCGGCGCCGCCGCCGUUGUGGAGCCCGGCGUGGGAUCCAGCGCUGUGCAGCGCCGUGUCUACGGUCAUGGACCGUACGGCGGCGGCGGCGCCGCCGCUCAGCUCCAUUCCUUGGGUGGCGGUGUGCCAGGGCGUGCUGGCGGCGGUGCGUACGGCCUGCGCGGCGGCGGGUGCGGCGCCGCCGCCGGGCGCCGUCAGUGCGGAGCGCUGCCGCCGCCGCUUCGCGCAGCUGCUGGCGGCGUUCCGGCCGCACCUGGCGGCGGCGGCGGCAACCAAUGGCGGCGCCGGCGGCGGCGGCGGCAUGGCGGCGGGCGUGGCGAACAGCAGCGCGGCGCUGCUGGGUGACCUUCGCGAGCACCUGGCGAGGGCGGUGGACGGGUUGAGCCGCGAGGCGCUGCAGGUGCUCAACAGCAGCGUGAGCAGUGUGCUGCGGCCGCAGCACGUGCUGUUCGGCCAGCCCUGCGCCAACGGACUUGUAUCGAUGCUGCAGCAAGUGCUGCGCUCGCGCGGCGGCGCCCGCCCCGCUCCGGCCCAAGUGGACCUGCUAGUGUCGCCAGCCGACGUGGAGUCCCUGUUCGGAGCCCUGAACGACUACCUCAGAAGGCACCCGCCCCCUGCGCCGGUGGAGGGCGUGGUGGACACCAAGCGGCCCUACGUGCGACGCAAGGGGGUGGGGGCAGACGGCGAGGACGGGACCGCGCCCGCUGGGGCAGGGGGCGGCGGUGGCGGCGGCGGCGGCGGUGGCGGGUACCAUCAGUACCAGCAGCAACAGCCGCAACAGCAGCAGCACUACCAGGCGCCGCCGCCGCCACAACAACAGCAGCAGCAGCAGUACCAGCAAUACCAACAACCGCAGCAAGUGGCGCCGCAGCAGCAGCAGUACCAACACCACCAACAGCAGCAACAGCAGCAGCAACACCAGUCGCAGCACUACCACCAGCAGCAGCAGCCGCAAGCGCACGGCGCCGCGCCGGCAGCGCCGCCCGUGCAGGCGCCGCAAGCAGCAGCACCCGCACCCGCCACGGCACCACCAGCAGCAGCAACAGCAGCAGCACCAGCAGCUGCCAACCCCCUGGCUGCGGUGCAUGCGCAGCUAGCGGCGGCGCAGGCGCAGGUGGCGGCGGCGCAGGCGCAGCUGCAGGCGCAGGGGCUGCAGCUGCCGCAGGCGCAGCAGCAGGCGGCGGCGCAGGCACAGGCGCAGCAGCAGCAUCUCAUGUACUACAACAUGAUCAUGCAACAGCAGCAGCAGCAGCAGGCGCGGCAGCAGCAGCCGCAGCAGCAACAGCAGGGGCAAUUUGGCGUGCAGCAGCAGCAGCAACAACACCAGCAGUACUACCAGCCGCCUCCGCAGUAAUGCGGUUGUGGCAGUGGGUGGGAGAGGCAUGGGUUGCCUUCGGCCAGUGCCACGGCGUGUGCCAAUUUGACAACAACACGACUGGAUAUGCAUGUCUGUGCGAUAAUGAGUGCGGAUGGGUGCCCAGGGAGAACUCAAUGCAGGGCUUGAGGCGUUGUGCCCCGGAAAGGCAAUGAAUGGACUUGAUCUACACACGCGUGAUCGACGCGUGUGAGGUCUGGGGCGGUUGUUGCAUGGUGGCUGUGUGCGGCGGCAGUGGCGCGGGGGUUAGCGGCAGUCGCUUGGGUGACGGUGUGCACGGGAUGCGAGCCGCUGCUUGACGCAAUGCAUUUGUGGAGGGCCAGGCGUGCAGGGCAGGCGUGCAGGGCAGGGCAGGCGGGGGCAGUGCAGGAUAUGCAGUUCUGUACGUACCGUAUGGCUGUAUGGGCCUGACGCGGGCUGUAAGGCUUCAGAAAC